AUGAGUCAAUAAGAAUUAGCAGAUAUCGAAGACGUUAUAGCAGGAGACGUCGCUGAUGAUUUUAUUUAAAAGGAUAGAGUUAAAGAUAGAAAUAUUAAAAAGAGACCUAAAAAGGUUAAGAAAGUUGAGGAGGAACCAAAGUAGGAAGAACUUUAAGAACCAGAAGAUGAUGAUGAAAUUAAAUUUGAUAUGCCUGUCAACAAUCAAGUUCCUGGUACUUAAAAUGUCUAUGUCAAAACUUUUGGCUGCUCUCAUAAUAUAAGUGAUAGCGAAUUUAUGAUGGGUUAACUUGCAGAGUAUGGUUACAAUUUAUGUAGUGAUCCCAAAGAUGCACAUUUGAUUUUAGUUAAUUCUUGUACUGUCAAGAAUCCUUCUUAGGAUGCUUUCAUGACUAUUGUUAAAACUUAUAAGCACAAAAAGAAACCAAUUGUCGUUGCUGGUUGUGUACCAUAAGGUGAUAGAAACAUACCUGGUUUGGAAGAUGUAAGUGUAAUUGGUAUUAGUUAAAUUGAUAGAGUAGUAGAGGUUGUAGAGGAAACAUUAAAAGGAAAUAAAGUUCGUUUAUAUGGCAAAAAAACACUACCUUCUUUGGAUUUACCUAAAAUUCGUAAGAACAAUCUUAUUGAAAUCAUUCCUAUUAAUACAGGUUGUCUUGGUAGUUGUACUUAUUGCAAGACUAAGCACGCAAGAGGCAAGCUUGGUAGUUACCAACCUGAAGCUAUUGUUAAUAGAGUCAAAACAGUUUGUGAAGAAGGUGUUAAAGAAAUAUGGCUUACCUCUGAAGAUACUGGUGCUUAUGGUAGAGAUAUUGGAACUGAUAUUUCCUAAUUGCUUAGAUUAAUCGUUGAGGUUUUGCCAAAUGAUGUCAUGUUAAGAGUAGGUAUGACCAACCCUCCUUAUAUCCUUGAACAUUUAUAGAACAUGUCAACCAUUUUGAGACACCCUAGAGUUUUUAGUUUUCUUCAUAUCCCAGUUUAGGCUGCUAAUAACACAGUCUUAGAGAACAUGAAUAGAGAAUAUACUUGUGAGGAAUUUGAAUAAGUAUGUGACUAUUUGCUUAAAAAUGUACCUAAUAUGACUAUUGCAACUGAUAUAAUUUGUGGUUUCCCUGGAGAAACAAACGCAUAAUUUGAUGAUACUUUAAAGCUUGUAGAUAAGUAUAAGUUCCCUAUCCUAAAUAUCAGCUAAUUUUAUCCUAGACCUGGUACAGCUGCUAUGAAAAUGAAAAAGGUACCUUCUCAAGACGUAAAAAUGCGUUCUAAGAAGAUUACUGAGUUAUUUGAUACAUUUAAGAGAUGGGAUCAUUUAUUAGGAACUACUUAAAGAAUCUGGAUUAAUGACAAAGAAGAUAAGAAAGGUGUCCUUCAAUUAGUUGGUCACACAAAGUAAUAUGCAAAGGUUAUGUUGCCUUUUGAAGAAGAAUUGCUAGGCAAAUCAGUUAUUAUCAAAGUUACCAAAGUAUUGACAUGGCACAUUGAAGGUGAAAUUAUUGAUAGAAAUCCUGAACCAGAAGUAGCUUCUGCUGAUUUCUUCAAGGAUUAUGUUCAAUUAAGUGUUUCUUAAACUGAGCAAAAGGUCAAAAAGAUUCUUAAAUAGCAAGAAGAAGAAGAAUAAGAAAUGUUAAAUAAGCAAAAGGCUAAAUCAGACUAAUUUUUAAGUGGAUAAGAUGAAUAGCCAAAGAAAUCCUUUUUAAAGGAAUACGGAUUUAUAAUUAUAGCAAUAUAUUUAAUUUUAUGCGGUUUGCUUAAGAUGCAAUUAAAUUGA